GUAAGGCCCAAGCAAACUCCACACUUUAAAAAACCCUCCGCUUCUUUAAAUUUAGGGUUUCAGCGUAUAUUUAUCCCUGAAAACAGAGAGAGGCCGCCGUUGUCGUCCAGCAGCAGAACAGCAAAAGAAGCAAAGCAAUGGCAAGGAUCAAGGUUCAUGAGUUGCGACAGAAAUCAAAAACCGAGCUUUUAGCUCAGUUGAAAGAUCUCAAAGCUGAACUUGCUCUUCUUCGCGUUGCUAAAGUUACCGGUGGUGCACCUAACAAGCUUUCUAAGAUAAAGGUGGUGAGGCUGUCCAUUGCUCAAGUUCUGACUGUAAUCUCACAGAAGCAGAAGUCUGCAUUGAGGGAGGCAUACAAGAAUAAGAAAUUCUUGCCUCUUGAUCUCCGUCCCAAGAAGACCCGAGCCAUCCGCAGAAGGCUUACCAAGCACCAGGCAUCUUUGAAGACCGAAAGGGAGAAGAAGAAGGAAAUGUACUUCCCAAUGAGGAAGUAUGCCAUUAAGGUGUAGGGCAGGAUCUCACAUUCUAUUUAAACCGAGUUGUGAUUUUGUUUCGAUUUUCAUGUUUGGAAACUCUUUUUUGCCCCCUGUUAAAAACCAAGAUUCUGGUCUUUUUGAUUGAAUGGUAAUUUAUGGAUAUUUUGCA